AGUGAAAACUCACAGCGGCAACUGUAAUCUGAAGUUUCUUUCAUUCGAUAUUUCCACCGAUCUGCUCUUGAAAAGCGUAGUGGUGGUGAUGAGGAACUACCUCAUACUGCUUUUGGUUUUCUUCCCUUACUAUCUUUGCUUGGAUGCUCUAGGACCCGAUGAAGAUCCGUACAAGAUUUUGGGUGUAACUCGCUCUGCAAGCCAGGCAGACAUAAAAAGAGCUUACAAGAAAAUGGCGAGGAAUUGGCACCCAGACAAGAAUAACGAUCCCUCAGCGCAAGAAAUGUUUAUCAAAAUCAAUGAGGCUAAUGAGAUUUUGUCAGAUGAAGAAAAAAAAAGGAAUUUUGAUAUGUUUGGAACCACCUCACAGCCAGGCAAUGGUGGACCACAAGGAAAACCAUUUUAUGAUCCGCACAGUGGGUUUAGCUUCUUCUUCAAUGGAAUGCCUUUUCAAAAUUCUUGGUCCAAACCAGGAGAAAUUAAUGACAGAUUUUACUACAAGACAGUCCUACCAGAGAGUUACGAGAAGCCUUACUUGAUUGAAAUUAUCUCAGACUGGUGUUUUGCUUGUGCACAAAUUGAGGAGAUAUGGGAAGAAGCAUCCAAUAAAAUAAAGAGAGUUGGUGUGGGAAUUGGCAUAAUCAAUGUCCACAGGAGUCUGCGUUUGGCAGAUGCAUUGGGUGCAGGAAGAGUGCCCUCAAUCAUUGGUGUCAUCAAUGGAAGAGUUGCGUUCUACAAUGAAAUAGUUACCGUGCAGGGUUUGAAGGAUUUUGUACUGGAGUUAUUUCCACGUGGCUUAAUUGAAAAGGUUACAGCCAGUAGUCUUGAUUCUUUCUUGACGACAAGCAUCAGCAACAAACCAAGUGUGAUUCUAUUUUCCCCCAAACCUAAUCCUUCACUCCUUUAUCAUCUGGUGGCUUUCAGAAAUUGCAAACAACAGUCAUUUGGCUUUGUAUCGCUGACUGACAGCUCUUCAGAACCUCUCAGGAAACGCUUUAGAGUGAACUCUAAGGAACCAACAGUGUUGAUCUUUAAGGAUGAUGUGGCUGUGCCAGAUGUGGUUGUCAUGGCAUCUGAGCUCAAGCAUGGAAAACUUCGUGAAGUAGUUGAAUCUCACAAAUAUCUUCACCUUCCAAGACUGUCUUCAAGGUCUUUAUUUGAUGAACUUUGUCCUGAGGAGAGGUUUAGAUCCCAGCGAAGGCUGUGUGUCGUUCUGUUUACUAAACAAGGCCAAAAUGACAAAGAGAAGCUUGCUCUGAGGUUGUUUGCAACAGAUAAAAAAUACCUCUCCGAGAGGCGGUUGAAAUUUUUGUAUAUAUACGAAGAUGUGCAGAGAGAUCUAGUGGAAGAGUUCAAAGAUGGGGUGAAGGCUGAUAGUUGCGCUGAGAAUAAAACAGCAUCAAAGGUCAUAGUUCUCUGGAACAAAGGUCAAAAGCAAGUCAGGUACGACUGGCUUCCAGGGGGGUGGUGUGUGAAUGAGUCAGAAGAGCCGCUGACCAAGGCUCGGCUGUCUGUCAUGCUGGAAGAUCUACUGUCUGGAGAGGGCAAGUUGCGAUAUACUUCAAGUAUUCCACGGAUCUACAAUGAGCAUGCGCCAGGACUCCUAUCUUUGUUGUUCAGCUGGUGUUCAGAUGCCUAUUAUUUCGUGAAAUCGUCUUUGUAUCGGAGGGAAACCAUUUCCUUGUUUUCCUUGUUGUGUGGAUUGGGAGUCAUUCUGGUUUUCAGUGUUUUUAUUCCCAGUGCGAAUGAGCCAAUAAAUAGGGUGUACAAAGGGUCCUCUCGGAAGAACCAGAGACCCCCAGAAAGCGAGUCAGUCUUGGGCCUCCUUCGUUUGGACCACAGCACCGAAAAGACCCUAAUCAGGGAUGCCCCUCGGGGUCAAAUCACAUUUACUCUGCUGGUUGAUGCUACCACUGCACGAGAGGUAGUAAAGCUGCCUCUAAUUCAAGCGUUUGCCGAUGUGAUUUAUCCUCACAGCGGAAACCCAAAUUUUAGAUUCACCUGGCUUUCAAUAACUGACAACCUUGCGUGGUGUGCCGAGAUUCUGGAUGUGGACAAGUUUGGUGAAGUGACUCCUGGAAUUGUUCUCGCCUUAAACGGCUACAAGAAAUACUUGUCUGUCUUCAAACCGUCUGACCUUUCUGAGGGAGCCUUCUUCAAGAGGCAAGGAGGAGACUUAAUGGGAUUUGAUGAUAGUGAUAGCGAUACGGAUGCUAACGAAGAUGGAAUGACGGAAUACGAGAGAAAACGGCAAAAAGUUUUGAGUAGAUCGAUUCGAACACAGUUAGUACAUUGGUUAGAGAGAUUUUGCGACGGAAUGGUGGACAGAAAACGAGUCGUCGAAUGGCCGAGAUUUACCGACUAGGGGUUCUUAGCAAGUAGCUAAGAGCAUUUAUGAGAAAUCGCCCUAGGAUUCAAAAAGUGCAGUCAGACCUUGAAAAUCGACGAAAAAUCGCUCGGCCACUUUUUGCUUUAUGUCUACGUAAUUACUAAAGAAAACUCGCCCACUUGGCGUUUUCAGCCUCAGUUGUCGUAUUCUCAAACACCAUCGAACUGUUGCAUCCUUAUUCCUCGAUUUUUGUUACUAAAUCAGUCUACUAACUACUUUCCACGAUAGAGAUGUCACUUGCUUGCUCACCAUUACCCUUACGCUAAGGGAGGGUCUAGCAAAGAGACUGGAUCCCACAGGCCCAACUCAUAAUGGUAGCCAUCUCUCUUGAUAACUUAAGAUUUCGGAGAUGUCCAGACGAUCUCAGAAAUCCUGUCGGCGAAAGUUUUGUGGAAAUCUCUCUAAUCCUUUUUAAACAAUAAACAGUUUACAGAAAUAAUGUCACUCGGAAGAACAAAAAUUUGAACCCAAGAUAUUUAUUUAGAGGUUUUUAAGCCUCAAGUGAGAAGUUUUUUUUUUAAUAAAUCAAAUGUACAGAAUAAAUUAAGUUCAAGUACUUGUGUCUGUUAUGUGCCUGUACAAGGUUUGACAACUGAUUGAAUGAUGUAAAGACACGAAUGUACAGAAAAAUAAAACUUUGGAAAGG